ACACACAUACAUACAUACACACAUACAUACAUACCGCUCGACCAUUACGCACUGGCAAUAUGAGAGUAUAUGGAGAAACCAAGGUGUAAUAUAAUACUUCCCACUUCCCCCUUUCUGCUCACGGUGCCUGAACUCAACGUCUGAUUUACACGUAAAAGUCUGACUAUUAAAUUAUUAUCUAAUGUUUAUAUACACACACAUAUACAUAUAUUUUAAAUAUAUAUAUAUAUGGUGCAAAAUCUCUCCCGCGUUACAUUUAAGAUACUGUUUUGUAUAAACCAAGACAUGAGCCACUGUUGAUUGCAAGUUGCAGCACAGACAAAAAAAAUAAAUAAAUAAAUACCGCUUUUAAUAUCUCACAUUUUUCUUUCUUUCUUCCGUCUUCUUUUUUUUUUUUUAAUGGACUAUAAGCUCAGUCACCCGGGCGUCCUUGUCCGCUCCUGCUUCACGCUGAGGAAAUCGGCUCAGUCUGGAGCUGCCAUUAGAAUAAUGUGCCUGUCACCGCGAGAGGACGCACUGUCACAAAUUUUAAGAGCAUAAAUGUCCCGCAACCUGCCAUUGGCCCAGAGCAACAGGCUCUGCUGCAGCCUUUCUUUUCUUCUUCUUCUGCUGCUGCUGCUGCUUCUUCUUCUUCUUCUUCUCUCUGCUCCUGAAACGCUGCAGGACUGUUCGAAAGAAAUGCAACAAAAACCCGAAUUACUGACUCCAAAUAAAAAUAUUUACAGUUUUUAUUCCUAAUCUGUCAAAUAUAUCUCCGUGUGUUUGUGCAGGCGUGCAUGUCAAAUGUCUUAUGUGCGUUUUAACUUUAUUUUUAACAUUUAUUCUAUUAAUAGAUUCUUCCUAUUUAUCUAAAAUAACUCCCUGCAACGUCUUUGCUUUGCACGUCUCUUUGUCCGCAUGCAACACAUACGCUGUUAGCGUCCACCGGGCCUGCUACACGGAUAUAUGCAUAUUUUAAUAAUAAAGUUUUUUAUUUUUUUGACAAGGUCAUUGAAAAAGGAAAAAAAAAAAAAAAAAUCUUGCAGCACUUUUGCGUUUCUCCUUUUGCUCGGGUUAUAUUCAAUUAGAACAGGCCCCUCCCCUAACUGAUGACACUGACAGACCCUCCUUAAGUUGCGUCGCGCCACAGCUGUCUGCGAGCAUUGAGCUGGCUGGCGCCAUCCUGAAAGAAUGCCUUCACUGUAAAAAAAAAAAAAAAAAAAAAAAAAAAAAGGACUAGAGUGAGGGAGAGAGACGUAGAGCAAGGACGAGUGAGCACAGACCGAGAGAGAGAGAGAGAGAGAGAGAGGAGGGGAGCGGAGUUAAUGGAGAGGGCUACAACUGCGCACAAACAGAGAUUUGAUCAGUGAGUUUAACUUGCUGGUGCUGGUCAGUGCGCGGUGAAGCCAUCCGCUGCAAACAAGCCCCGUACAACAAACCUGUUGAGCUGGGCGCAAACACUGACAUUUUUUUUUUUUUUUUCUGAGAGGAAGAAGUUCAGGAACUCUGCGUGGGGACUGGAUUCCAUUUUGGACGUAUUUAUAUGACAGCACCUUUGUCGCGUUUGUAAUGUGGGGUGAUCGGAAGCAAGCGCGGAACCUGUGGAUUUAACAGCAGAAUUAAAAACGGAUUUGGGACUGAUUAUUUCUUAUCUUUUGACUUGUACCGGGUUGCUUCGGCGUACAUGAACAUUUGCUAAAGAAGAAGAACAAAAAGCGAGCGAUGGAAGUAAGUGCGGAUCAGCCACGAUGGAUGAGCCAUCAUCCCGCGGUGUUGAACGAGCAGCAUCCCGGCUCACAUCACCCGGGCCUCGGUCACUCGUACAUGGACCCUUCGCAGUAUCCCCUCGCUGAAGAUGUGGAUGUACUCUUUAAUAUCGAUGGACAGGGCAACCACGUCUCCCCAUACUAUGGAAACUCUGUCCGAGCCGUCCAGAGGUACCCUCCUCCUCCACACAGUAGCCAGGUGUGCCGUCCCUCAUUACUGCACGGCUCUCUGCCCUGGCUGGAGGGGAGCAAAGGAAUCGCCCCGCACCACAGCACUUCUCCCUGGAACCUGAGCCCCUUCCCCAAGAACCCCCUACACCACGGCUCCCCGGCCAGCCUGUCCGUCUACCCCCCGGCCUCCUCCUCCUCCCUGUCCACCGGCCACUCCAGUCCGCACCUCUUCACGUUUCCCCCGACCCCUCCGAAAGACGUAUCCCCGGACCCGGGCAUAUCCACCCCGGGCUCCAGCAGCUCCGGACGGCAGGAGGAUAAAGAGUGCAUAAAGUACCAGGUGACCCUGGCCGAGAGUAUGAAACUGGAGUCAGCUCACAGCCGGAGCGUGGCAUCAAUCGGAGCAGGGUCAGCCUCUGCCCACCACCCCAUCGCCACAUACCCAUCCUAUGUCCCUGAAUACGGCCCAGGCCUCUUCCCACCAAGUAGCCUGAUAGGUGGGUCAUCUUCUAGUUAUGGUCCCAAAACAAGACCUAAAACAAGGUCAUGUUCAGAAGGUAGAGAGUGUGUGAACUGCGGGGCCACGUCGACUCCGCUGUGGAGGCGGGAUGGUACGGGUCACUAUCUGUGUAACGCCUGCGGACUCUAUCACAAGAUGAACGGGCAGAAUCGCCCUCUCAUCAAACCCAAGCGGCGGCUGUCCGCGGCCAGGCGGGCAGGGACGUCAUGCGCGAACUGUCAAACGACAACGACGACGCUGUGGCGGAGAAACGCCAACGGGGACCCGGUGUGCAACGCCUGCGGCCUCUACUAUAAACUGCACAAUAUCAACCGACCUCUGACCAUGAAGAAGGAAGGCAUCCAGACCAGGAACAGGAAGAUGUCCAGCAAGUCCAAGAAGAGCAAAAAGUCCCAGGACAGCAUGGACGACUUCUCCAAGAGCCUGAUGGACAAGAGCAGCUCGUUCAGCCCGGCCGCUCUGUCCCGCCACAUGUCGUCCUUCCCUCCCUUCUCGCACUCCGGCCACAUGCUGACCACCCCGACACCCAUGCACCCUUCUUCAAGCCUCCCCUUCGCCCCCCACCACCCUUCCAGUAUGGUGACAGCCAUGGGUUAGAGCCGCCCGGUGGAGCACCGCCCCCGAACCCUCGGCCUCGCCGCCGCCAACGCCACCACCACCACCACCACCACCACCACACCCCUCGGUACCUCUGCUGACCCGCUUCCAUCUCCUCAAAGACAAACAAACUGAUUCUCGGUCCGAUUCCCUGCGUCGCCACGGUGACAGGCUCCAGGCUCCAGGCUCCAGGCUCCAGGCUCCUUUUUACCCCCCCCUCCCCCUCCCCUCCCCGCCACCCUCCUUAAGUUGUAUCUUAUUUUUUUAUAAAAACGUGUACCUCUGCGACGUGAAUGCUUUGCAGACUCUGACUGUGGCGCACUGACCUCCAGGGGGAAGAUUUAUUUUUCUCCUCCAAAAGCCGCUGCCCCCCCCCCACAUACCUCCCCACACCCCCCCUCCCAGCUGAUCCACGUGAUAAGGAGCUCCAUUCGUGUACAAAAAGCCAUUUCUUUUCCACACACAACAUCACGAAACCAGACAUUCUAAGAACUCCUAUGACGCCCUCUCCUUUAACUUUCUCACCUUGCACCUGUGUAACAGGAACCCCCCCCCCCCUCCCCUCACCCCACCCCUUCCACUUCUUCUUCUUCUUCUUCUCCUUCUACUUCUUCUUCUUCUCCUCCUCCUUCUUCUUCCGCUGAAGAUGAGGAGAGUCAGACGUUGAAUAUAUUUGUACAAAUUGUAUGAAAUACAGCACAUUUAAUGAAGACUUUUUAAUUAAGUAAGAUAAAAAAAAAAGGAAACAUGCCUCCUGGGCAGCUAACGACAAGAAGGGUACGAGUCGCAGCAGGUGGAGAGACGAAGAGAGGACGCCUCCGAGUCCCGGAGGAGGGAAAGGAAAGGAAAGGAAAGGAAAAAAAAAAAAAAAAAAGGGAGGAGGAGGCGAAAAGACGAGAGGGGAAAGACUUUUGAGGAAGGGCAGGCUUCGGUUUUCGCCUGCAUGAAUUGUGUUGCAUUAAGUUCGCGGAGAGUCGGCGGCUCCGGCUGCAGGCGUCUCUCUUCUCUCUUUUUUUUUCUGUUUCUUUUUCUUCUUUUUUUUUUGUUUUUUUUUUUUAUUUUUGGAUGUGCUAUAGGUCUCGGGCAAUUGGUUUGUGUUGAAGCGCGCACGUACACACACUCACACACACACACACACACAUGCACACACACACACAAAUGAACACACCUGAAAGACUUUCUUCCUGCCCACAGAUUAUAUGCAUUGUGAAAAAAGUUCCUGUAUUUGUUAUUUGUAUGUAUAAAUCAGAGUACCAAAAAUACGAAAGAAACAAAGAUGUAGAAUUAUUUCUUUAUGUUAUGCAGACUGAAUGGUUGUAAAAAUUUAAUAAUAAUCACUAGUGUAAAAUAUGACUGCUUUUUUUGUUUCGUAAAAUUUUUUUUUUUUCCUCUUUGAAAAUAAUAAACUAGUUUAAUCUCUGUUGACAUGUUA